AUGAAGCAUACGGCCAAGUCAAAUAUCAUCUCUAUCCGCGCGCCCCCGCAUGUAGAGCUAGCUGUGGGCUUCAAUGGUAUUCGUGCUACAAGGCCCAGACUCACAGGCACCGUUGAAGUACGGUCGCCAGCUGGGAACCCGAUCCCCGUUGUCUUCAUCUCACUCGCACUUUAUGUACAUGAGAACACAGUCUGCUCGCCGCCAGGCAAGUCCCUUGUCUCUCCAAGUCAAAAGCUCUCUACCACAACGCUCGUCGGCAAAGAACUGCUCCUAUGGGAAGCACAAGAAGCUAGUGGCUACCAGACGCUCGAGGUGCUCAGCAUGGAUAUCCCCUUUUGCAUGCCCCUACCAGAAGAGACACUCCCGGCAACAUUAAUACAUCCCUCACGCAGUACAACGUAUGAGCUAGUGGCAACGCUGCAUGCGAGUGGUAUCAACUCUGAACGGUUCGCGAUCGAAGUCAUUAUGGAACGAUUCGAUCAUUUGCCCAUCUGGGGUAUGUUUGAGCAGACACAAAAGCUCUUGCCAGUGAGCGUCGACCACAUUGUCGAAAUGCAAUGUAUGUUGCCUAGGACCUGCGUUGGACCGGGUGAUCGACUCACUACAACGGUGACCUUGGUGGGUAACCCAGACUGGGAGGCAAAAGUCAAAAAGGUACGCUGCAAGGAGUUGCUCUUUACCAUUGAACAAGUUGUGCGUUACCAGAUAGAUCAAGUCUUUGAGGCGUUUGUGGUAACGAAACGUCUUGCAGAGUCUAGACGUGACCUCAUGGGAGCCAAGCUUGCUGACUGCGAAGGUCCCCUGGAAGUGGGCAUCACUAUGCCUGUCACAGGCAGACUCAACGACAAAGCCAUUGUGCCUCAUGCAACCUAUACCUCAACGACCAGUGGGAAGCUGUACUCUGUCUCCUUUCAAGUGGUUAUUCGCGCAUCAUUCAAGGGUGCCAAGGAGAUCACGGCAACACAUCCCAUUAUUGUGUCACAAUACACCGAGUGUCUUGGUAGCACAUGA